CAACGCCCCCACAAAAGGUCCUAUUCACUCACACACUCUCUCUCUCUUUCUUCUUCUUAAGACCCUUUCAAAUUCAAUCCCAUGAGCCUUUAAACCACACACCAUCUAUAAUUUUCCAACUGAAGCAGAUAGAUACGUAUUACAAUAUCCCCCACAUCGCUCCAUUCUCUCAAAUGGGUCUUCAUCAGGAUGCCAAUACCUCAGGCCUUCACCUCGUUCUAGGGCUAUCUUUGACUGCUACCACAAAGGAAACCGCUCCAUCCACCAAACCCGAUGAUCAUCUUAUUAAGCCAACACCAUCCAAGCCUUAUUAUUCCUCCAACGAACCGUCCUUAACGUUGGGUCUGUCCGGUGAGAGUAACCACGUCGCCAAGCUAGUUCCAAGAAACAACGUUGUUGCCAACAACAAGGUUUAUUGCGAGGACCCUCUUGAGUUGUCUAGACAGACCUCACCUCACAGCGUGGUUUCGUCUUUCUCAACUGGAAGGGUCGUCAAAAGGGAGAGGGACCUUAGCUGUGAAGAUAUAGAGGUAGAGGUAGAAGAGAGGGUUUCUUCAAGAGUCAGUGACGAAGACGAAGACGGAAACAAUGCUAGAAAAAAACUCAGGCUCACCAAAGAACAAUCAGCACUCCUUGAGGACAGCUUCAAACAACACAGCACUCUCAAUCCUAAACAGAAGCAAGCUUUAGCCAGGCAGUUAAAUCUACGUCCUCGACAAGUUGAAGUGUGGUUCCAGAAUCGGAGAGCUAGAACAAAGCUGAAGCAAACGGAGGUGGACUGUGAGUUCUUAAAGAAAUGCUGUGAAACGUUGACGGACGAAAACAGGAGGCUAAAGAAGGAGCUUCAAGAGCUGAAGGCACUGAAGCUAGCGCAGCCCUUGUACAUGCCUAUGCCUGCGGCCACACUCACCAUGUGCCCCUCUUGCGAGAGGCUCAACGAUAACGCUUCAAAUAAAAGCCCUUUCUCCAUGGCUCCCAAGCCUCACUUUUACAACCCCUUCGCCAAUCCUUCUGCAGCAUGUUGAUGAUUAUGGUUAGGUUUUCACUCUUCAAAGGCAAGGUAAAAGUUGUCAAGAUCGAGUUAUUUCCCACAACCAUUGUAUUUUUUUGGUUGAGGGCAGGGCGAUGCGUCUAGCUAGGGUAAAAGUUGUAAUUAGCUAAUACUGUUCAUCCAGUAUAUAUAUAUAUAUAGUACGUAACUGCUGAUUGAAAUUGCCUUUUGCUUUUUCUUCCUCUGUUGUAUGUUUAUAUAUAAACCAUUAUAGAAGGCAUCCAUCUAUCAAGGAAUUAUAAUUUUUUUA